AGUCAUUAGAACACAGUGUAACUGUCUUUGUCCAUAUGUAUACUUCAGAAUUUAAUGACGGCAAAUGGGGGUAUUCUCGACGUCUUGUUUGAACUAGCUUAGUAAGCCUAGCUACACCCCUAUCUGUCAUUCGAGUAGCAAACGCUAGCACUGCAGGCUAGUCCGUAAUGUUAUUGAACGUCAUUGUACGAGUGAACGAUAGCAAUAUAUGGAUUGAGUUACAUUUAAGUGGAAUUUAGUUGUGAAUUACAUUUAAGUGGAAUUUAGUCUCACACUACUGCCGGUUUAGCCAAUGACCUGGCUAUAGCCAGCUACUGCAACGUGAGUCUCUAGAGGCUGAGCAUCCAUUUCUUUACUUGGCUAGCUAAACAUAAACGAUGUGUAUAUAUUAAUAUAUGUAUACAUUUGUAAAACCAAAUCGCAAAAAUAAUUUUCUGAAAUUUUCAGUUCAUAAUAUAUUACUUUCCUGAAGUAUCAUCACACACACAGAGACACAAAAGGAAACUAGCAAAAGCUGCCCAGUGUUUGGUUCCCUAAUGAAACCGGACCUCUGUUGUGUAAUGUACACCUUUGUAGAUGUUGCUCCAGUGGCAGCAUAGUUAAUAAAUGUUAGGUGAUGCCGAAGCUUCCUAGUGUCUCAACUCCAUAGUGGUAUGUAGACAUUUUGUCUUUCCAUUUCUAAGCUUUUUUUAGACCAUUAAGGUGGGAAUGAUAUCGAAGAAAGUUUUUAAUUUAACAGCAGUGGGCCAGAUUUGAACCUGUGAUGCAACAGUAUAUUUCCCCCAGAGACACUGCCUUUGGUAGACCUCUGAAUCACCCCAGACCACCGUAGACCUCUGAAUCACCCCAGACCACCGUAGACCUCUGAAUCACCCCAGACCACCGUAGACCUCUGAAUCACCCCAGACCACCGUAGACCUCUGAAUCACCCCAGACCACCGUAGACCUCUGAAUCACCCCAGACCACCGUAGACCUCUGAAUCACCCCAGACCACCGUAGACCUCUGAAUCACCCCAGACCACCGUAGACCUCUGAAUCACCCCAGACCACCGUAGACCUCUGAAUCACCCCAGACCACCGUAGACCUCUGAAUCACCCCAGACCACCGUAGACCUCUGAAUCACCCCAGACCACCGUAGACCUCUGAAUCACCCCAGACCACCGUAGACCUCUGAAUCACCCCAGACCACCGUAGACCUCUGAAUCACCCCAGACCACCGUAGACCUCUGAAUCACCCCAGAUCAGCUGCAGAAAGACAUUAAUGUGCACUCUAAUUAAUUCUGUCUGUUAUCUCUCGCUCUCCGAUAACUAAUAAUGUAAUUAAUACCACUCCUCUCUGCCUCUCUCAUUCACAUAACUGGUAAUGUAAUUAAUACCACUCCUCUCUGCCUCUCUCAUUCACAUAACUGGUAAUGUAAUUAAUACCACUCCUCUCUGCCUCUCUCAUUCACAUAACUGGUAAUGUAAUUAAUACCACUCCUCUCUGCCUCUCUCAUUCACAUAACUGGUAAUGUAAUUAAUACCACUCCUCUCUGCCUCUCUCAUUCACAUAACUGGUAAUGUAAUUAAUACCACUCCUCUCUGCCUCUCUCAUUCACAUAACUGGUAAUGUAAUUAAUACCACUCCUCUCUGCCUCUCUCAUUCACAUAACUGGUAAUGUAAUUAAUACCACUCCUCUCUGCCUCUCUCAUUCACAUAACUGGUAAUGUAAUUAAUACCACUCCUCUCUGCCUCUCUCAUUCACAUAACAGAGGGAUGCUGCUGUGUUCACUUGGGGCCCUGCUGCUGCUCUUCUCCAGUGUGGAUGUGUGGUAUUUCCUGCGUGGGGUGGUGGUGGCCGUGCAGGCCUGGUUCCUGCCCCCGGUCUGGGACGUCCUGGCUGAGCAGAGUGUCCCUGGCAGGGUCCUGCCUCAUGACCUGGAUUACAUGGGACACAUGAACAACGCUCGCUACCUCCGGGAGUGUGACUUCGCCAGGUUCCACUACUACAUGCGGAACGGGAUAUUUAGAACGCUUCAUUCCCUGAGGGCCACCAUGGUGGUGGGGGCGUCUACGAUCCGCUACCGCCGCUCCCUGGCCUUCUGGGAGGCCUUCGACCUGCGCACACGCAUUGUGGCCUGGGACGACAAGUCCUUCUUCGUUGAGCAGCAGUUUGUUUCCCAGCGCGACGGGUUCAUCUCCGCGGUGAUGCUGUGCAGACAGAAUGUUCUCCGUAGCAACCCAGAGAGCAUCCUCCAGCUGCUCUGCAAGAGAAAGGUGGAGUGUCCAGACUACCCUGAAGAGCUCCAGCACUGGAUCAGCUUCAUCUCAGCCAGCAGUCAGGCCCUGAGAGCCCAGAGUGGACUGAAGGACACCACAGCAGAGAGUUCCCAGGAGAACACUGGAGAACAGGAGAACGUUGGAGAACAGGAACAUCUGGAAGACAAGGACAAGUGAAACACAGAGACACACACUAAACCCUGGUUACAUAGUAGCCCUGACAUUACACAUUUUGGUUUUAGCCCUGCAAAGACACCUGAUCUUCAUGUUGGUAAAAUAAAUCAGAUAGGCCCUAGAAGUGAAAUGUAUGACGCUGGUAGCACUCAUCUUCUGGGGUUGGUGAAACCUGACUGACAUCCCAGGGUUGGGGUCCAAUCCAGUUCCAGUCAAUUCAGAAAGUAAAACCAAAUCCCAAUUCCAGAUGUUGCUUAAUUGAAAAGAAGUGGGUUUUCAAUUUGGUUUCUGAACUGGAAUUGGACUUGACCCCUGCACUGUUAGACUGUAGAUAGAACCCGGCCACUGGCUUCCAUUUCACAGAGCUGUUGGCCAAACUGCAUGUAAAGCAUCAGCAGCAAUACUCAGCACUGCAGCUGUUUAAUAUGAAGAACUUGAAUGAAAGAUAAGCUAUAUGUAUAUAAAGAUGUAUAAUAUAAAGAAUACUGUCUAAUGAGAGAUAUAUACAGUGAGGGAAAAUGUUUUGAUCCCCUGCUGAUUUUGUACAUUUGCCCACUGACAAAUGAUCUGUCUAUAAUU